UGGAAAAAGAAAAUUGUGUUAUAUAAAUUGUGAGAGAGGAUUCGGAAGAAAUAAUGAAAGCUGCUCUUGAAAUUAAAAGCCAGUAAUAUUAAUUUAGAGAUAUUAAAUUUGAGUUCUUUAUUGAAGUGUUAUAUUGUGCAUGAAUGUGAACUAGUUUUGUACAGAUACGGUAGCUGUCGUGUUCUUGAGAUAAUCGUCCUUCUCUCCUCCCUCAAAUUCCCCUUAUUGUCCUCCUCCUCUGUUUCUUUCUUUUUUUAAUAUACUCUAAUAUCUAUUUUAAUAUCGCUUUGAGUUCACGCUUACCAAAUUAUUAAUCACAGAUGUUAACUAGCUAUAUGGGUUUCCUAAAAUCUUGGUAAAUUUUGAUUGCGUGAAGGGCAUGUUUGGCUCCUGAGAAAAUUGGAAGCAACUCUUUUCUUGGGUUGAGCAUGAUCCUUAUGUAAUUCUCAGAAUUUAUGAUACUUUCGGUUUACUUCUUUCGGAAUGCUGAUGCUGAUGCGGAUGCUUUUACACAGCUAAAGUUGAAUAAAGUUGCUCUGAAAUUGGUGCAAGAUUGAAGGUAAAGAAAAGCGGAAAUAUCUGAAUUUAAUAAUCUCAGCAAAAAGAACAUUGGAUCAGAAGAAGAUCGAAUUGCCACAAAACAAAGAAAUGGCAACUCAAGUGGAGCCUCCAAAUGGAAUUAGGCCUCGAGGGAAACACUAUUACACAAUGUGGCAAACUGUAUUUGAAGUUGACACAAAAUAUGUUCCAAUUAAACCUAUUGGAAGAGGAGCAUAUGGUGUGGUUUGUUCCUCAGUGAAUAGGGAGACUAAUGAGAGAGUUGCUAUCAAGAAGAUCAAUAACGUGUUUUCGAAUAGAAUUGAUGCGCUGAGAACACUAAGAGAAUUGAAGCUUUUGCGGCACAUUAGGCAUGAGAAUGUGAUUGCUUUGAAGGAUGUGAUGAUGCCUAUUCAUAGAAGCAGUUUCAAGGAUAUUUAUUUGGUUUAUGAGUUGAUGGAUACAGAUCUUAACCAUAUCAUUAAGUCGUCGCAGCCUUUAUCCAAUGACCAUUGCAAGUAUUUUCUUUUUCAGCUCCUUCGUGGCUUGAAAUAUCUCCAUUCAGCUAACAUUCUCCACCGGGACUUGAAACCUGGGAAUCUCCUUGUGAAUGCUAACUGUGAGUUAAAGAUUUGUGACUUUGGACUGGCUAGGACUAGCAGAGACAAUGGGCAGUUUAUGACUGAAUAUGUAGUCACUCGUUGGUAUCGUGCACCAGAGCUCCUUCUUUGCUGUGACAAUUAUGGAACAUCCAUUGACGUCUGGUCUGUUGGAUGUAUCUUUGCGGAAAUCCUUGGACGGAAGCCUCUCUUCCCAGGAACUGAGUGCCUUAACCAGCUUACACUUAUUCUCAAUAUCCUUGGUAGCCAGCCGGAAGCUGAUCUCCAUUUCAUUGAUAACCAAAGGGCGAAAAGAUUCAUCCGAUCACUUCCUUUUUCGCGAGGAACUCACUUUUCUUCUCUCUUCCCUCAGGCUGAUCCUUUAGCAAUAGAUUUAUUGCAGCGAAUGCUGGUUUUUGAUCCCUCUAAGAGAAUAACAGUUACAGAAGCUCUUUAUCACCCUUACCUAUCAAGUCUUUAUGAUCCAACGUGCAACCUUCCCGCUCAAUUCCCUCUUAAUCUGGAUAUCGAUGAGAAUAUGGCAGAACCAUUGAUUCGGGAGAUGAUGCUGAGAGAAAUCCUUCAUUACCAUCCUGAAGCAGCUUACAUCAACACAUUUUACUAGUUUCUGUCUACUUAGACUAUUUUCACAUCUGCUUGGGACACAAAAGUAGAGGACCUAAGCAAAGAAUAGUAAGUUAAACCUUUUUUGAUUCUGUAUUAUGAGAAAUAUACUCAGUUAAGUCGUUUUGUGCACUUGGAAUCAUUUGGAGCAGCAAGGUGAUCAAUAUGAGGAUCACUUUAGGUUAUAAUUUGGUGACUUCAUUUCAUCAUCUUUACUUUUAUUAUUAUUACUCCAUCAUGUGAUGAUGGGAAAUAUUUUUUUGGUGUGUGUUGAUCUGAGGACUAAAUCAGGCAACCUAUUCAUCCUGUUUCUGGACCCUGGACUAGACUUCUUCUUGUAAGCUGUACAUAAUUUAUGGGCUAAGCUUCCCAUUUUAUUUUCAGCUUGA